CCCAUAUCAGUAUCAUUAUAUCCGCGGCCGGCACACAUUCGUGCCACAAAAAAAGAACAAGAAUAAAAAAAAAAUCCCGCUCAGCCACUUGUCGUAAAUUAUUAAUUAAUUGAAGAAAUCUUUGACAUGUUGGCAUGUGAUUUAUGACUUUAUUGUGUUGAUAUUAGAUUGAUUUUCGGAUGUGUUUUUUGAAGUUACGUUUGUGCUAGUUGUUGCUUAUUGAAGUGGAAAUGAGUGCUACAAUCGUUUGCAAUUCUGUUAAUGGAGGUCCUCAAACUCGCAGUCGUAUCCGUCGCACUGCAACGAGGCUCUGUAGUGUCGACUCGUGGAAGAGACGUGUGCCUAUAACAAUAUGGCUGCCCAACUACUCGUGGGAGUACCUUCUGAGGGACAUGAUCGCUGGUAUAACGGUUGGGUUGACGUCCAUACCCCAAGGUAUAGCGUACGCCAUCGUGGCCGGAGUCCCACCUCAAGUGGGUCUCUACUCCAGCAUCUUCCCGGGGUUGGUCUACAUGAUAUUCGGCAGCUGUAAGGACGUCACGGUUGGCCCCACCGCCAUAUUGGCCGCGCUGUUGGCCAAAUAUGUGGCCAAGAGCGUGGACUUCGCGUACUUGGCCGCCUUUUUGUCCGGGUGCCUCAUUUUGCUACUAGGGGUGCUGCAGUUGGGGUUCCUGCUGGACUUCAUAUCCAAACCAGUUAUAAGCGGUUUUACGACCGCCGCUGCGCUUCAGAUCGGAGCGGCUCAGCUCAAGACAUUGUUUAGAAUCAAAGGAUCUUCAGGCGACACAUUCAUCUCAGCUUUGAUCAAUUUCUUCAAACACAUCACUACAGUUCAGCUGUGGGACACACUACUCGGCAUAUUGUCUAUCGUCGUGUUACUUCUGCUUAAAAUAUCGAAAAUCUCGGUGAGCGAUUCGUCACCAAGAUGGCGGGUGGUGACGUCACAAGUCUGGGUGUAUCUAGUCCGCGCCAGAAACGCGAUCGUUGUGUUCAUAGCAGCUAUUAUAGCCUAUAUACUUAAGGCGAAGGGAUUCACGCCUUUCGCUCUUACUGGCACAAUCGACGGCGGCCUCCCCCAUUUCGGCCCCCCACCAUUUAGCACCACAGUGAAAAACAAAACCAUAGACUUCGAGGAGAUGUUAUCUGUAUUCGGCGUGGAAGGGCUGGUGAUGCCGCUAGUCGCCAUUUUGGAAAGCAUCGCUAUUGCUAAGGCUUUUGCCGGGAGUCGAACCGUAGACAACACACAAGAGAUGAUAGCGAUCGGCGCGUGCAACAUGAUGGCGUCGUUUGCCCAGAGCAUGCCCGCCACGGGCUCCUUCACGCGGACCGCUCUCAACCACGCCAGCGGAGUUCUAACGCCCGCCGGAUCGUUCUUCAAGGCGAUGCUAGUCCUACUGGCCGUAACGCAACUAUCCAGUGCAUUCUACUUCAUCCCUCGCGCUGCUCUAGCGGCCAUCAUCAUGGUCGCCAUGAUGUCCAUCAUAGAGCUAAACAUCGUCAAGACUUUAUGGAAGAACUCCAAAUUGGAGCUGGCGGUAUACACGGUGAGCCUCGUGGUGGGCGCGCUGGCGGGGCUGGAGUACGGCAUCCUGGCGGGCGCGGCGGCGGACGCGGCGCGCGCGCUGCACGCCGCCGCGCGGCCCGCGCUGCACGUCACGCAGUUCAAGGUGGGGAACCAGGACUGCAUAGCCCUGAUGCCGCUAGGCGUGCUGUCGUACGCGUGUGCUGAGUACAUCACACAUUCGAUCAGGAAACACGCACUCAUCCCCACUCAGCUAGUCGUGAUUGACGGCAGACAUUUGCAUUCCAUUGAUCUGGGAGUUGCCGAGAAUCUAUUAACUGUGAUAUUAGACUUAGAGCGGAAACAGCACAAGUUUUUGCUGUGGAAUUUCUCAGAGAAACACCAAAAAUUGUUUAAAGAACUGAAUCCGCAGUUUGGGAGCAGACUAGUCAACGGGCCUAGUAUAGACCAACAUGUUUUAGGUCUGGACUUAAUCAGAAGAGGUAACGGUUUGCUAGUUAAUGCCAUAGAUUAAAUAUCAUAGAUAAGAUUAUAGUGAUCAAAUACAUAAUAAGGUAUUGAUAAACAAAUUGUCGUAGAACAGGGAAUCGAACUACUUGAAUAUUUUAAAAAAUACUGAAGUUAUUGUGAUUUAUCAAUACGUGUGAUUUUUUGGAGGUCAAUAAAAUCAGUGAUAAUUAUGGUGUUUCACUUAUUCUGAGCAAUUAAAGUUCUGUUGAAAGAUAUUAUUUUUGUUACCAACCCAUUAACUGAAAAAUAUACUUAAUUUAUGGGUAUACAAUAAAGGUAAUAAAUAAAAAAUCGAUAAAUUACACUAUCGGUAGUACGACUAGUACUAUGGUAUGAUAUUUUUAGUAGGAAUACUAUAAUAUACCUAAUUAAUAUGCGGAAUACCUCCUUAAUUUAUAUAAAUAGAUUCGUUUUUGUAUUUAUCUUUAUAGAAAAAUCUCAUAAAUAGAAUAUUGGAAGGUGAGUCUUCCGAAAAUGAGUGCUGACAUUCCAAAUACUUUAUUAUUUCAUGAUUAUCUAAUAAAAAUAAAUGUUAUAUAGUUAAUUUUAUUAGAUAAUCAUGAUUUAAUAUAAGUGUAUUUUGAAGUAAAAUAGAGUAAAACCUAUAAAGUUACCGUGAUACACGAUUCUUUUUAUUUCAAAUUGUUAUUUGAAUAUAAAUAUAUCUGAUUGUUACAUUGUGAUGGAGUCGUAAUAACAUUGAAAAGAUUAUUAUAUAUAGAUUAAAGAAAUCAUAACUUCUUUGGAAAAAUCAAGGAGUUCGUCAUACAAUAAUAAUUUGCAGUCAUCAAUAUAAAAUCAAUAAAGCCAUCUUAACCAUUGUUUCUCCGAAACUAAAUUUACGAAAAUAGUUUCGAAAUGUUAAUUUCGUCGAAAAUUUCAUGGUUAAACGUAAACUUUUAUGUAUUGUAAAACUUGAAGCUGAUACGCGAAAUUUUGAAGGAAAUUAACGCCAUUUUUAUGUACUUACAUUAAGGACCUGUUUCACCACUCUCUGAUAAAAUAUCAAAUGGUAAUCUGACAGUUAAACUAACCACUAUAUACAUCUGCCCGAUAUGAUUGGCCAGUUGGCCGUAUUCAACACUUGUGAAACACAGUUUAUAACGCCAUCUUUCAUCAUCAGAUUUAAUAUGUUGCAUUUAGGCUAUCUGAUACUUUAUCAGCAAGUGAUGAAACAGGCCACAACCCUAGUAAUUUUCUGAAAGUUCUAGAUUUUGGUUAUUUUGUGGUAACAUUGCUUUGUAUUUUAAUUAGUAGUUGAUAAAGUGUCACGAAUUUAUUUUGCUAUUAAAAUAUAUUUACAUUGUGAUGUGAAUGUUGAGUGAAUUAUAUUGGCAAAGCCACCAAAAUGUUUAUUUUGUAUGUUAAAUUUAUUAAAAUAAUUUUGAUAUUA